AUGCAUCUCAAGACAACAUUGUUGGCCCCGGUCAUGUUGGCGGCGGUUGUUGGGGCAAGCAAGAAAGCACGCGAUAUUGAGCCGUGUGCGCAGAUUACCAACUUAGUCUCAAGCAGUAAUCAGGACCAAACAACUACUUCGGUAUCUCAUGAAUUGGCUUUUCAAUGCCUGAUGUCGAUGCCUUUCGAUUCGGACCGUGCGGUUGUUUUCCUGAAUCAGGUUCGCAAGAUGCUCGAGUUUCAGUCUACGGUUGAUAUUCUCAAGAAUCCACCGUCUGGCUAUGAUAUGCCGUCUACCGAUCUCCUAGGGGGAAUUGAUUCCAUUCUAGAGAAGGUCGACAACGGGGAAUAUUCUAGUCAAUUUGAGAUGGACUUGGAUGUCUCCAGUCUCAUAUCAUCUGCUCACGAUGGUCACUUAGCGUUCCAACUGUGCUCACAGUCAAUUUUCAGCUUUCAGAUUGAUUUGCCUCUUAUUUCGAUUUCGUCGGACGGACUUUCACUGCCGGAGGUGUUCACGCUUAGUGACGCCAGAGCCCAAAAGAGCGGUUCAAAGGAUGUGUCAUCUAUUGAAUCCAUCAAUGGCACUGCUGUUGCUGACUAUCUUGAAUUAUAUGCUUUAAGUCAAAGCCUUCAAGAUCGCGAUGCACAAUAUAACCGAGUCUUCCCGGCACUGGCACGUAUCUUCACCAAUACUCCAACCGACCAGAAUGGCAUCUGGGCUACAAACGGCGCCUGGACUGAAGGGUCAGAGCUCACCAUAAAGUACUCUAACGGGACCAGCCAGACUGUCCAAAAGACUGCCAAACCAAUGGAGAGGUACUUUUCCUACCAGAAUGGAACAGAGCUGUACAACAUCAACUGCCUUCCACAAAGCUUGCCAACAGAGGCAAGCUCAGAUGCGGGUGCCGAGCAAGCAUCUGAAGUGACCGGGCUCCCUGAUGCCACUUUAGGCAAUCCUGAAGGAUCUAUUGCUGGCUACUUCUCAAAUCUUACUAGUCUUCAGGACACGGCUAUCCUUUUCUUGCCGACGUUCGCCUCGAGUCCAUCACAAGUGGCUCGGGUAACUGUUAACUUCUUGCAAAAUGCCAUCGCCGCAGGAAAGAAGAAUAUCUUGAUCGACGUCACUGCCAACCCGGGAGGCUACAUGUCUACAGGAAUAGACAUGUCUCGCAUUUUCUUCCCGAGCUCGUUUCCCUACACCGCAACACGAUUCAGGGCACAUGAUGCCGCGAAGUACUUGACGCAGGCCUAUUCGCAAGAUAACACAAAAGAUUCGAGCAACAUCUUCGCCUACAGGGAAAUGGUUACUCCAAGCCAAGACACUGGCUUCAGUUCCUGGGAAGAUCUCUAUGGACCUCACGAUGUCUUGGGGAGUUCUUCAUCUAGCCUACUCGCUAAUUUUAACUACACGGCCUCCUCAACCACGGUAUAUCCGAUCAAUGGCUACGGUUCCAUCCCACUGAAACCCUCCAAAGCCCUCUUCACCGCAGAAAAUAUCGCCAUCAUAACCGACGGCGACUGCGUCUCUACCUGCGCGUUCUUCGUCAAAUUAAUGAAACGGCAAGGCGUCCGCACAAUCGCCUUCGGUGGCCGUCCCAAAAACGAACCCAUGCAAGGCGUCGGCGGCGUCAAGGGUGGCCAGUCCCUCGGUAUUGACUAUAUCAACGGCUACAUCCAGCAAGCGAAUACACUCAUUCGCAACUCAGCCAAUACAUCCUCUCCACUCCUGACACAGGCUGAAUGGAAGAAAUUUAACGAAUCCAGCCCCAGUCUUGAGGAGUCGUUUGCGUGGAGCGGCAAUUUGAAUCUGCGGAAUGAGUAUGAUCCGGUUGACGAUCAGACACCAUUACAAUUUGUUUAUGAGGCGGCGGAGUGUCGGCUUUUCUACACGCUGGAGAAUUAUCUGCAACAGGAGACAGUCUGGCAGGCUGCUGCUAAGGCGAUGUUUGGGAGUUUUGGGUGCGUGAAUGGGUCUACGGGUGGGGAGGGGAGCUUGUGA